AUGGAGGUAACGGUCGCUCUAUCCAAUCCACGCCGAAGCUCGAAACGCAGCGAGCAUUUGGCCGUGUCGUGGACUCUAAUGAUUGUUCCUGUUUGCGAGGCGGAGGCGAUCAAAGCCCCGGAGUUGGAAAUGGCCAGACAUUGGAUCUUGCUCUUGUGGGCCUUGAUGAUUGAGAUCAGAUUGCGGUCUCUGUUUGCAGGCGAGACGUCCACCAGCUGGAUCUGGCCAAUAGCGCGGCCAGGAAACGCCAGAAAGCUCGUUUGUUCGUUCACACUCAGUUCUGCCACUCCGGACUCGUUGUCAAAAGUCUCGUGUUGGGCGAGCAAUUUCGGUUUGGACUCGAACGCGUGGAUCAGCACCGUGUUCUUGAGCACCACCACAAUCAAUAUCCGGGACAGAAGCACGUUCAAGAUCGGGCUCAUGAACUCUAACAAGAUAGACGGUUUCUUCUUCAAAUCGUCCCAGAUGCACAAUUUGUUGACAGGGAACCGUGGUUGUUUGCCCCCGCCCACCAAUGCCACGUAG